CACGUCGCCAACACAUCUCGCGCCCUUGCCCUCAUCCGCCAUCGGCUCACUAUUGCCAACAUUAUGGCUUCCUCGAGUCUUCAGCACAUGGCUCAAGGCCUUAUUGUGCAGAGCAAGACCUUGAUCAACAACGAUCUCAAGAGGAUAUUGAAAGAGGAAGGAGUAGUCUCAAGUGGUGUCAAGGCUACACUCCAAGCCAGAGUCAUCGGCUUGAUCGACCGUGCCGUCCAAGACAACGACCACGCCUUGUACAAUCGCUUGCAACACCGGAUAGCAAACAACGGCGCGUCUCCUUCCAGCCAAUCCACGCCGUCCUAUAACCCACAAACACCCACCAAAUCAUCCCCACUUGUCAAUGGAAACGGAAAUAUGCAGGGCUACCCGCAACCAACCGGCUUUACACAUUAUCAAAUGGCGCGCUCAGCUCCUACGAACCACUUCAAGGCAAGCCCUUUCUUCGAAAUUCGCGAGUCAAUCUUGGAAGGCAUCGCAUUAGAACCUUCACCAAGCCACCGCCAGAAUUGCAAUAAGAGCUUGACACUCAAUGAAACGACAUGCCAUCGGUUGCGCUCGGAUCGCUCUCUUCGCCUGCUGCUCUUCUCCGCUGUUGAGCAGCCGCUUGCGCCUUACACACGCCUCGAUGUUGCUUUCCCAAGCCAGAUUGAGGUGCGCAUCAAUGGCGAAGAAGCGAGGGCCAACUAUAAAGGUCUUAAGAAUAGACCAGGAUCAACACGGCCAGCUGACAUUACGGAUCUCGUGCGAAUUGCUCCUGCUAACUACAGGAACAAUCUUCUCAUAACUUAUGCGCUUACGCAAAAGCGGUACAACCUAGCUAUAUAUAUGGUUCGUAAGUUCUCUGUGGAGGAACUUGCAAAGCGCAUCGCUGAGCUCUGCAUAAUCCCCAAGCGAGACGUGCUCAAAGACAUGCGAAAAAAAGCGAGUGACCCGGAUAUAGUGGUGGAAUCAAGCGUCAUGUCAUUGAAAGAUCCCAUUUCGACGUUAAAGAUGACCGUACCUUGCAGGGGGAUGCUCUGUCAUCACACUCGCUGCUUUGAUCUCGAAUCUUUCCUACAACUGCAGGAACAAGCACCUACAUGGCAAUGCCCCAUCUGCAGCAAUCAUGUGAGCUUCGAAGCUUUAGCUGUCGAUGAGUACGUCCAGGAGAUCCUUUCCAAGGUCCCCAAGGCAGUCGACCAAGUGACCGUAGAGCCGGACGGCCGGUGGUCUAUCCAGGCCGCAAACACCUCGUCGAAAUCGAACGCACACAGCGAUGAUGAUGAUAGUGACGAGGAUCUCGUGGAGAUAUCUGGCCCCCGGGUGAACACCAUCAAAAGCGAAGUCUUUGCCACCCCGCAAUCUCUAGCACGGACCCCUCCUAUUCCAUCCAGAGAAGCGUCAUCAGCUCCCAGGACUGGUAGCAAACGAGGUUCGGAGGUGAUUGACCUUACUCUUUCCGAUGACGACGAGCCAGUGAGGCCCACAAAAAAGGUAGCACAAGGAGAUCCACCAUAUCCUCCGUUUAUUGACAGCUCUCCUUGA